AGACUAGUAUUAUUAUAAAUAGCUAUAUAUAUACUGCAUGCCGGACUCUGCCUGCAAUUCAACACCCAAUACUCUCUUACUGUCAUUUUCCAAGUUAAACUUAGCCCUAAUCUAAUGGCAACCAAAUGCUUAAUUGGUCUCUGUUGAAAAUUUCAAAUUUACUGUAUGAUAUGACAAUAAGAUAACACCAAAAAGAGAAAUUCAGAGCAUUCAUCUUGAAGUUGUCAAUGUCAAUUUUGCAUUUCUAUAAUAAUAAGAUAAAACCCAACUUUGUAGGUCACACCUGCAAUAAUUAAUUAACCUUUUCCUUCAUUAUUAAUCUGCCUUUCAUAUUUUUAGACACAAUCAAUUCCUCCAUCCCUCUUGCUCAGAAGAAGAGAAUGGCUUCAUUUUCAGUUGAAGAUUUUGUAGGAAAUGGAUCUCUGAAGGAACUUCUCCCAAAGCUAUUGGAUGAUGGCUGGGAUGAUGUUCCUUCCCUCAAGCUUAUGAAUGCAGAAGACAUGGAUUCCAUAAAUAUGACUCAACAACAAAAGGAUGCUCUGGAAAUUCGAAAGUACCUUCAUGACCGUGUGUUGAUGCAAUAUAGUGAUAAGCUAGAGGCAUCGAGACUGUCUCUUCCCGAGCUUCUAAGCCUAGCUACAGGAGAUCUCUUAUCUCAAUUCGGCAUGAAGAGGGGCCACAUCGCCCGCUUCACAAACCGAGCUGCUUCAUGUUCAACAGAUCCUUUGCCAUCAUCGUUCACCCUUCCUUCAAGGAGAAGGGAACCUUCUAGAAAGAACAGCAUCAUCUCUAACAAUUCAAUGAAAUACCAAAGCAUGUCAAAAAGUUCAAAACACGACAGCUCAACUAUCGAGCAAUCAAUAGCCGAUCUAAGAACUAACGACGGUCAUAUCUUUAAAGGUAUUGUGUCUUCUGUCCCAGCAGAGUCCAGGGCAUGUGGAUGCGUGCAACCGCCGCCAGUCGUUGACCAAGUCGCUCCAUAUUCUUCCAUGGAGAACCUUUCUGUUCAGAAGAUAACUCCAGAAUAUAAGAUUGGGAUUGAGCAGUUAGUCAAGACAAAAGCACCUCCAAUGAAGGCCUCUGAAUUAUGGCGUGAUCAGCCUGCUCUUUUCCUUUGUAUCCGCAGGCCCGGGUGUAUUAUGUGUAGAGCCGAGUCGCACCAGCUUUAUGCCAGAAAGCCUAUAUUUGACGCGCUGGGGAUUCAAUUAUUCGUUGUUCUUCACGAACACAUAGAAGCUGAGGUGAAAGACUUUUGGCCUAGAUACUGGGGUGGUGCGGUCCUUUAUGACAAGGGAAUGGGAUUUUUCAAAGCUCUUGGGGGAGGGAAUCUGAUGAAGGACAAGUUCAUAUCGGGUUUUUUGUUUAACAGUCGAGCCCGUGCGAAUUACAAACGAGCCAAGGCAAUAGGAGUGGAACAGAACUUCAAGGGAGAGGGUGAAAUAAAGGGUGGAAUAUUUAUAGUUGGUAAAGGAAGAAGUGGAGUUGCUUACCAGUUCAUAGAGAGGAAUUUUGGAGACUGGGCACCUCAUUCCGAGAUCAUUGAGAUUUGUACGAGGUUGCAGGAGAAUCAACCACUAAAUUAGUGACAACUUAUUUUGAAAGUAAAAAUCAUCUUUAAAAAGGAAAAAGGUAUUGUAUUUCACUACAUUUGUUUACCAAUUUGAACACCUUGUUUACAUGUUUGCAAGCAGCCUUGUUGGUUCAAGUUACAUAUUUCAGGCAUAAGAAACAAAAACUCAUAAUCUCAAAAGCCCAUUAUAUAUGUGUAACCUGAGAUUUCAUCAAACCCCUACUUAUGUGCAUCAUCAAUUUUGACAACAAUGUCUGUCUUGAGAGGGUCAA